GAGGAGGAGGAGAGGUGCAGCCCCUGUAGGGCUGUGCGUGCCCCCCCCGUUUCCUCACAUGCUCCGCGUGUGAUGGGUGAAUCCUGCACGGCACUGAUAGCAGCCUCUGUACUUUGUGCUGCAGCUGCGAGGGAAGAAGCAGAGCUCAACGCUUUUGCUCUCAGACCCUGCAGAGAACCACUAAGAGGAGGUUGAUUGCUGGCUGGGAUGGAUUUCCAGCAGGCACAGAGGUGGCCUUCAGCACAGGGUUUGAGAUGACUGGAGAAGGAAGGCUGCUCAUUUAAAAAGCUGUUACAAUAAUGAAGGACCAAAGAGUUUCCCUGAGCAGUGGUGUGUCUGUCCUGAGUGAGUUGGUCACAGUGAGCCAGACAAAGCCAGUCUGGCUAUUGACCCUUCAGUUCUUUUGGGGUAGUACCGGAGUAGCGAUGCUCUCAGUGGUAUCAUCAGUCUUGAUGUGAGGGGAGACUUCGGCUGGAACUUUCUCAGUGAGUCUCAGUCCUGGAGCUCAUUCACGCAAGUGAGUACUUUGAAGGUCUGCUGCUGAGUAACUGCUCUCUUUUUUUUUGCAAUGUGCUCGAUAUUAAGACUAUGCCGAAGCACAGGGGCUUGAUUGCUGUGUACAGAAAAACAGACAUUUAUGUGAAUGAAAUGAAACUGGGAGGAGGCGCAAACGGCAGCAGAGUCAGAAAAAAAUAAUACAGUCACCCCGGAACUGGGAUUCCUUUGGGUCUGAGCAUUGCUUGUUUAUUGGGCAGGGAAGAAGAGGCCACUCGGCUUUUCUAAUUCUUUAUUGCUUGUAAGUACAGGUCCAGAUGCGUGGAUGUAUUUUGAUGUGUAGAUUUACUUCUGAAUUAAUUGUAUAUCUGGAAGAAAAACAGGAAAAGGCAACUGCCGAGUAGGUGCAGCAUAGAAAUAAGUGAUGGAAAUUAGUGAAACAAACUGCAGAUAAAAUCAGUCUGUGUGAACAGCAGCUACCAAGACUUCAUAGAUACAAGUGAACUGUCUUCCCUGGGUAAAUUCUGGUGGGAUCUUGCAUAAGGAAUCUCCAGCUCAGGAUUUGUGUAAAAAUUGUAUUUUAAAGGGCUGAGGUUUCUCUCCUUCAGCGGAGCUUGCUGUUCUCCAGCACAUCUCUCUGUUAUCAAGAAAGCCAAUUUUUAUUAGACAGCAAGUGUUCAGGUUCAACCAGUGUAGGUUCAGAAAACACACUUAAAUGCUUGGAAAAAGGGAAACAUUUGGCUCUUUAGAGCCUGGCAGUAAGUAAAUGCUUCUGAUGUCAAGCGUGAUUCUUUAGUUUUUAAAUGUUUGACUAGGCUUUUUACUUUUUAAAUCUAGGUACAUCAUUUUUCUUACCUUAUGAUUGACUAUAUAGGGUGUAUCACUUGCAUCUUGUCAUGAUGCCUAUCUAAAACAAGUGGGAUUCUUAAAUUGUGCUAAGUCUGGUGAAAUGUUGUUUUUUGACAACCACUUCACUCUUAUACUGAUACAGAUGGACUUUCUGUUCAAUGACAAGCCCUGCUUAUGGGUCAUUUUUGAGUACACAGGGAAAAAUCUCAUGCAGCUGUGCUGUCAGGAAGUGAAAUGUAUACCCUUAUACUAAGAUCCCCAAGUAGUUUCUUACAUCCUAACUCCAGGUCUCUCCUUCGCAGUGUCUGCUAGUUCCCAGGCAUUUAGAGGAUUAUGCUUCUCCAAACUGUUCUAGGGUUACCUGAUGUGGGACCCCGUGCUUUGGUCUGUUGCGCUGUUGGGAAAGGGCUGGGGAAAAUUCUGCAAAAAAACCUUCUGGGGCUCUCUAGGAGCUACAGUCUGGUUCACAAGAAGGACCUGAAAUCUGAGAGGUCUUCUGCUCUGGAUCCUCCUUCCAUUAACAUUUCUGCCAUGGAGCACUAACCUAGAGCCAAGGAAUGGAGCUGCCUGGCUGGCUGUGAAAAGCACGUGGAGGCAUCUGGGCAGUCUGGUCUACCUUUCCAAGGGGUAAGGAAGGUUUUGGCAAGAGCGCUAUCCACUGGGCUCUCUUUCCUGUGUGGAACUGUAAGGAUCCUACUAACGACUUCCUUCUUCCACAUGGUGCCACACUAGGAUUAAUUUUAUGCCUGAGGGGAAAUCCCCCAGUGCUGUCUAAUAACCAGCUCUUCUGCCUCUGAUCAAGUGCUGCAAGUUGACUGUGAAGCCAAGCUGUGAUCUGUAUAGGGACAAGUGAGGACGCUUGGUGUCUUGCUGGCCCUAUGGCAGCACCAUCACUGCUCCGUGGGAAGAUUUGGAUUUGGUCCCUAAGUGCUUCAAGACCUCACUUUCGGGAUGCUGUUGCUACUAGGCAUCCCCAAGAAUCUCACAUGAAAGGCAUCUCAGUGGACGGCAGCAGCUGAACGUAGGUCCUCUGUCCCCACCAGGGCCGGGAAGUCCCCGGGAGCUGGGAAUGCUGAGGGGCUGCCCUGGAGGACCAUGGAUGCCUCCUUAGCGUGGGGUGCUGGGUUGUGGGGCUGCUGAGCUGCAGCAGGGAAUGCUUUUAAGCACACUGAGUCAUAAGAGUUGGUGCCUGGUGUUACCAUAGAAAUUGGAUCAACUGCUAGGGGUGGGGAGUCCUUGUCCCUUGGCUCCGCUGCUGCAUGGUUCCAGCAUGAGCUCACGGUGCAAGGGAACCUGAUUUCUUGCUCCUUGUCCCUUCGAGGUCAGAGGAGGUCAGACAGCUCUCGCAGCCCUCACCAGAGAGCAGGGAAUAAUUUCACUUGGGUCUCUGCUUGGCUGCAGUGGUCAGACCCUGUGUGUUUUCUGUGCUGUCUUGGUGAUCCGCUGCCCAGAUAUCUCUUGCUCUUUCAUAUUUCGGCAAACUUAUUUCAUUUGCUUAGCAAUAGCUCCCAGUCCUUUGGGAGCCCCAGAGAGGUGAAAACUGGUUGUAAACUGAUGAGUAGCAGAUAAGGGAGGGCAGGAAGUAAUAAGCAUGGAGUAGUCCAGAGGGAGGGGACAAGCACCGAAUAUCUAAUUUCCUGUACUCUCAAAAUACAUCCCCAAGCUUGGUCACGAGUGUUGCCCUGAGCAUGGAUGUGAUGCCUUCCAGUGCUCAGUCUCUCACAGGUUUUCUCCUCUGUGCUCACAACCGAGUAACUGUUUCAUCAUCUUCUCUGGAUAAAUAUACACAUUCAAGCUCUAGGGAUGGAAGAUGCUAAACAUCGUUGGCCCCCUCCAUUCUGCUCAAGGAAAUAGCUUUACUGUGAAUAUAAUCUUCCCACACAAAGGUGUUGUGCCUCCUCAGAUCGUCUUUGAACUCUUUGCUCUCCUCAUAAUGCAAAAUAAGCACAAACCUGGCUGAGAAACAGCGUUACAGACUUGCUGAUGCAAGGUGUCAUUUUGUUUUGCUACAGUUCCUCUUGGCUUGCUGCCUGUUGGCCGCUGAAUGACUGUCCGUGUGGUCUGUGUGAGCAAUCCAGAUCUACGUACUUGUCCUUUCCAGUGUUUCCUUGCUUACUUCCAGGACACUGACUUUAGAGGAUAACAGCUGUUUCCUAGGGGUUGUCCCUAAGAAUUGGUACUCUUAGGAGGUGCUCUGUGCUGCGCUAGCUCAGUCCUGGGUUUGACACACCUUCUGCUCCAGGUGAGAGUGAGAAAUAUUUGCAAGCAGCAGCAAACACACUGACCUGUCUGUUUCUUGGACCCUCUUAAUUCUUUGGUCUCCUCAGUAUUACAGCGUGCUUGGUGAAAAAUACUCAUUCUAGCAAUAUGGCUUUAAAUUAAAGAGGUGAUUCCUGGCUGCUUGCUGUCAUGUAGGAGAAAGGACUUGCUGGAUGAUGCUGAAAGAAGAUGAGGGUUGUAUGUGUAUUGUUCUCCCUGUCUUACUAGCUCAGCCUAUGAAAUCCUGUUUUAAGAAGCUCUUCACUUCUGUGUUCAGAUCCCAGCAUGCUGAAGCACCCACUUAGGUGUUGUUGAGAGCUCUGGCCCUCCCUUAUGUCCUUGUUCUAGACGCUGCAAAAUAAACUGCGGUAUUUGGGGACCAUGGCUGCAGACCCGCUCUCGGAGCUUCAGGAUGACCUGAACCUGGAUGAUACCAACCAGUCCCUCAGCCAGCUCAAAUUGGCCUCCAUAGAUGAUAAGAGCUGGCCAGCAGAUGAAGCCCCUGCUUUUCCCAAAUCAGAGGACUCCAAAGGCUCCCCGGAGCCCGUCACUCACCUGCAGUGGGAUGAUCCCUACUAUGAUAUCGCACGGCACCACAUUGUGGAAGUAGCAGGUGAUGACAAAUACGGAAGGAAAGUCAUUUUGUUCAGUGCCUGCCGGAUGCCCCCAAGUCAUCAACUUGAUCAUGUGAAACUGCUGGGGUACCUGAAAUUCACGCUGGACCAGUAUGUGGAGAGUGAUUACACACUGGUGUACCUGCACCAUGGCCUGACCAGUGAGAGCAAGCCAUCCCUGAGCUGGCUGCGGGAUGCCUACAGGGAAUUUGAUCGCAAGUACAAGAAGAACAUCAAAGCCUUGUAUAUUGUGCACCCAACCAUGUUCAUCAAGACCCUGCUGAUUCUCUUCAAGCCUCUGAUCAGCUUUAAGUUUGGACGAAAGAUUUUUUAUGUGAACUUCCUUAGUGAGCUGGAGGAGUAUGUGAAGCUGGAACAGUUGGGGAUCCCAAGCCAAGUGCUGAAGUAUGAUGAGUAUCUGAGAUCUCUGCAGAAACCUUCACAAGUGCCCCAGAAGCCAACACCCCCACGCCCACCGCUGCCAAACCAGCAGUUUGGAGUCUCGCUCCAGCAUCUCAGGGAGAAGAACCCUGAUCAGUCUCCUGUUCCUCUGGUGGUCAGAGACACCAUUGCUCAUUUGCAGGAGCAUGCUCUUUCUACAGAGGGGAUUUUCCGGAGAUCAGCAAAUACACAGGUUGUCAGGGAGGUGCAGCAAAAAUACAACAUGGGUGUGCCUGUAGAUUUCCAGCAGUAUGAAGAUGUCCACCUCCCUGCUGUGAUUCUCAAGACCUUCUUGAGGGAGCUACCUGAGCCCCUUCUCACUUUUGGCCUCUACAGCCACGUUGUCAGCUUCCAGAGUGUAGAAGAAGUGAAUCGUGUGGAUGUUGUUCGCAAAACACUCCAGACUCUGCCAGAAGAAAACUACCAAGUGCUCCGUUUACUGACAGCCUUUCUGGUGCAGGUCUCUGCUCACAGUGACAGAAACAAGAUGACAAACACCAACCUGGCAGUUGUGUUUGGCCCAAAUCUGCUGUGGGCCAAAGAUGUAGCCAUCACACUAAAAGCCAUCAACCCCAUCAAUACCUUUACCAAGUUCCUGCUGGACCACCAGAAGGAGCUCUUUGAGGAUGUGGAGGCCUGAAUCCAGGCCAGCCCACACCAGCACACUGUGCCCACCUUCCACCUUCUUUCCCACCUUGUCUUGGAGCUGUGACCAAGCUGUCUCCAGCGCAAAGGGACCAUUGAUCCUCUGGGUGAUGAGCAGAGCGAGGGCUGUGGAGAUGGUGGAGAAAGUGUGUACGUAAGCGAGCAGGAGACCUGCUGCUCCGGAUGGGGAGGGGAACUGGUCUCCCAGCUGCUGAGAGUGGAGUCCUAACCCACCUGCCAGUCUGUGCAGCUCCUCCAGGGCUCAUCACCAGUCUGCUGCCCUAUCAGAUGACCUGCCUUCCUUUCCUCCUUCCCUCACGUGCAGUUUUUCUGCCCUCCUGGUCCCUUCCUCAGCAAAGAUCUUCUUUCUUUAAGCUCCCAAUAGCCCCAGCUCACCCCCCUCGCCUCAGCUGGGCUGUCUGGGCUAGGGCAGGCUUGCUGGGUUUUGUGGCAGAGAUGUUCUUGCUGCGAGUGCCAUCUCUCAGCACUGGAUGUGCAUUCUGCCUUUCCCCAGAGGCACCUAAAGCAGGGAAGGGAGCCAGGCAGCCCGUGUGCUUCAGGUAGCAGCAUGUCCUGCACUUGCAAACCCCCACUCCAGACCCCAUGCUUUUGGCAGGCAAGUGAAGGACAGGCUCACGGCACAUGGGCUGUAUUACCUGUCAGACUCCAAUACAGGGAAGCUGAAUUUAGCCCAAACCCCUCUGGGAUCACCAACUCCAGAUACUAGUCAGUGUUUGCUGGGGUGUAGUGGUGAAGUGCCUCCCAUAGUUACCCAGCUCGGGUGUGUUUGUCCCUCCAGCAGCAUUUCCAGCCCGGCUGGGAAGGUUCAUGCCAGACCUGGCUGUGCGGGGAGGGGGAGGUUGGCUGGGGCUCUUUGACAGCUGGUGAGCCUGCGUGGCAGGGAGCCAGUGCCCUGGUGGCACUGAACCGCUGAACGCUAAGAGGAUCACUGCCUUUCCCUGUGGCAGCAGCACGAGGCCUUUUACUCCUCUGUCAGGCAUGUUUAUCUGUGCUGACUGGCACAGACCGCCUUGGUUAGUUGUCUUUUUGAGUAGACCUUUCCCCAGCACAGUGUAACAGAGAGCAUGGCCUUUAGGGAAGGUCUAGGGACUGGGGCUAACACUCACCCUGGAGUGCAUCAGGCCUGGAUUAUGAAUUUCUGUCCAGGUGCCGAGCACUCAUGUGCCAAAGCUGUGAGGGAACAGCUAUUCCAUGCCAAGGGCCUUUGCCCCAUCUCCUCCUCGGUUCAUUCCUUCCUUCCGUCCUACCUUGGAAGCCUGGUCAGAUGCAUCCUGUAUGGUCUGGGCACGGCUGGAGAGAUCGGGUUGUCCACAAAGCAGGCUCAGAGUGGGCUGAGCCUGGCCCAAAGCAGCUGCAAUGCUGUUAGGGCAUCACUGUUGGUUUUGGGUUGCAGCAUUCCUGUUACCUGAGCUAAAAGAGAUCCCUCUCCUUAGCCUGGGCCUGGCAGUGUGUUAGCAGGGAGCUUCUAGCCUUAGUUCACUGGUGUUUUUAUCUUUUUAUCUUGUGCCCUGCAUGCCUGGGCCAGGCCUCCCUGCUGCAUCUGGCCACAGGGACAAAUCUUUUGGACCAAGCAGAACUAAUUUUUAAAAAGCUACUGGACGCUAAAUAGAAUUUGCUUUUUCAUAAUAUUUUAGUCUGCCUUUAACACUGACCAAAGGUCGGUUCCCCAGUUGUAAUCAAAAUAAGUGACAUCUGCUGCAGGAAUUAUGGAAAUUGCUCUUUCUGGUAAGCUCUGGAAUGAGGAUGGGUGCGAACAUAGACAGCUCUGCAGGGCAGCACAGGUCCAGCCAGCUGGCUGGGAGGAGGCACACCAACACGUGGGUGGGAACAGUGAGCAUUACUAAGGCUGGAGCAAGAGAUAUUGUAGGAGAGGGCUGGGUCUGAUCCCUUCUAGAUACUGGGGGACUUUGCCCUGUGGAGGCUACAAGGCUGCUUAGUCUCCCACUGCCAAGAGUAGGAGUCUUCCCUGUUUGGCCAGGAUAUGAAUUGUUUCAGCCUGAAAAAUUCACAGCAGUAACCAAAUAAAUGUUUUGGAGGUAGGGAUACUCAGCUCCUAAUUCACCUGUGAUCUCUGCUAGAGUAAGUUAGCAGGGCUGAUGUGCUGUGGAGGAGUAAUCUCCUGGGAUGGACAGUGUGGAAAGAGUGCUUGUCCCAGUGUUUGUUUUAAGAGGCAAGGCUUUCUGGACAGCCCGGGAGGAGCGUGGAGGCUGAGGGAGCCCAUUGCAGCCCCUUUUUCCCUGCAGGCACCGCGCUCUGUGUAGGCGUUGGUAUGGGGGGAAGACUUGGUGCUCUGACUCUCUGCGCAGCUGACACUGGCCUUGCUUAUAUCCCCCUAGAGAAAAGGCAAACCCAGCUAACUUCUCCUGGGACAAACAAACUCAGGGUUGGCAACUUGGAACGGAAAGUGCCUGUGUGUCUGGGCACGAGGCCUUGGCUCCCUGGGGAGGGUGGCACGUUCCAGCCCUGCAGAGCAGCAAGGACCGUUCCCUGUCCUGUAGCGAGAGGAGCAGUGCUGGGGGUGAGCAGGGAUUGCUGCAAGUGUCCGUGUUCUGGCUGGAGUUUGUUUGGUGGGUGCUUUUUUUUUUU